AUGUCUAACAUUUUGCACAAGUUCACCGACAAGAUCUCCGAGCACACCGGCGGCCACCAACAGGGCCAGCAGGGCCAAAAUUUGGGCAGGGGCAGAGACCAGCUCGGUGACCAAAGCUCUCAGGGCAGACAAGGUGGUAUCUUGUCAUCUGACCAGUACGGUGAGCAAAACAGCGGCCAAUAUAACUCUGGUCAACAGCAGGGCAGCCAGUAUGGCUCGGACCAGCAACAAGGGAGCCAGUAUGGCUCUCGCCAAGGUCAAUACGAAUCUGGCCAGCAAGGCAGCCAGUAUGGCUCUGGCCAGCAAGGUGUGCAAAGAGGACAGGGCAGAGACACUGGUUCUCAAUGGGAUGACUCAACCUCUGGUCACCAACAAGACUCUACAUUGGGAAGUGGGCGCUACAACCAGUCCGGAGGUAUGGAUGAGUACGAUCAAAGCGAAGGUGCCUACGGAAAGAAAGGAAUCAACAGGCAACACGGAAUGCCUUCAUCCGGCUACAAUGAUACCUAUUAA